AUUAGCACGCACUCCGUUGCCGCAUCAAAUCAAUCUCGGCAGGUAGCUAGCUUAUAGGUGGCUCGAGAUGAGGGCCGGGGGGUGCGCGGUGCAGCAGUCGCUGACGGCGGACGCGGCGACGGUGGUGAAGCAGGCGGUGAGCCUGGCGCAGCGGCGCGGGAACGCGCAGGUGACGCCGCUGCAUGUGGCGAGCUCCAUGCUGGCCGCGCCCGCGGGGCUCCUGCGCGCGGCGUGCCUCCGGUCGCACUCCCACCCGCUCCAGUGCAAGGCGCUGGAGCUCUGCUUCAACGUCGCGCUCAACCGCCUCCCCGCCUCGGCCGCGGUCGCCUCGUCGCCGCUGCUUGGAGGCCACGGCCACCACCACCACUACUACGCGCCGUCCCUGUCCAACGCGCUCGUCGCAGCAUUCAAGCGCGCGCAGGCUCAUCAGCGGCGCGGCUCCGCUGAGAGCCAGCAGCAGCCGGUGCUCGCCGUCAAGAUCGAGCUCGAGCAACUCGUCGUAUCAAUCCUCGACGACCCCAGCGUCAGCCGCGUCAUGCGUGAGGCCGGCUUCUCCAGCACCCAGGUGAAGGCCAACGUGGAGCAGGCCGUGUGCAGCACCGCAGCCACCGCGGCCACGGCCACCCCGAACCAAAACCCUAACCCUAGAAGCAUCGGCACUGCAAGUCCACCUCAAGAAACCAAAGCCAAGCGCCCACUGGACCAAGUGCGCGACGAAGAUGUUGCGGCCAUCCUGGACUGCUUGGCCUCCCAGAGAAAGAGGAGGGUCGUGGUCGUCGCCGAGAGCACAACCACGGUCGAGGCCUUGGCGCGCGCGGCUGUGGACAAGAUCAAGAGAGGCGAGGCGAAGCACGACGCACUGCGUGGUGUGCAGGUCGUCAGCCUCCGCGUCUCGUCGUUCCGGGACAUGCCAAAGGAGGAGGCGGAGCGGCGACUCGCCGAGCUGCGGUGCCUUGUCAAGGGCAGGGGGAAGGUGCUGCUGGUCGUGGAGGACCUCAAGUGGGUGGCCGAGUUCUGGGCCGGCCACGUCCAGAGCGGGAGGAGAGGGUACUACUGCGCCAUCGAGCACGUCGUCACCGAGGUGCGCGCCCUGUCGUGUGCCGGCGGCCGCGAGCACGGCCUCUGCUGGCUCGUCGGGUUUGGGACGUACCAGGCCUACAUGAAGUGCAGGGCAGGGGAACCGUCGCUGGAGAGCAUGUGGGGGCUCCAGACGCUCACCGUGCCCGCCGGCAGCCUCGCGCUGAGCCUCACCUGCGCCUUCGACGACAGUGCUCUAGGCACACUCAAUCAGUCCAUGAAAGCGAGCUCUGACACGGAUGGGAACGGACCGGCGUCUUGCUGGCCGCUUUUGGGCGGUAGCCAGCUGAUCUCCAGAUGCUGCGGCGAUUGCUCUGCCUCGAGGAUUGACACGAAAGCGGCAUUGCCGCGGCCAUUCGUCUCGUCGUCGAGCCUCCCUUCUUGGCUUCAGCACUGCCGCGAUCAGGAGCCUACACAUCUCACGGAUCUUGGCAAGACAUGGAGCUCCAUCUUUAGCAAACCGUCAGAGCGGAUGACGUUGCAUUUCUCCGCGCCAGUGUCUCCGGUCUCCUCCAUAUCUUCCUACGAGCACGGCCACCAGUUGCACCAGCCACGCCAGUCAUGGCUCCCCGCCGAUCUCGAAGCCAAGCACCCGUGGAAACCUAAGUGCGAGACCAGCGGGAAGGCCAAAUCUCACGACUCCGGCGCUUCGAACGGUUCCGUGGAGGUGGAAUGCCGUGCCAAGUUCAAGGAGCUCAACGCCGAGAACCUGAAGGUGCUCUGUGGCGCGUUGGAGAAGGAAGUGCCACGGCAGAAGGAGAUUGUCCCCGAAAUCGCGAGCACCGUCCUGCAGUGCCGCUCGGGGAUCGCAAAGAGGCGCGACAAGUCGAGGUCGACAGACGCGAAGGAAGAGACGUGGAUGUUCUUCCUCGGAGGCGACGCCGAAGGCAAGGAGAUGGUGGCGAGGGAGCUCGCCAACCUCGUCUUUGGGUCACGCAAGAACUUCAUGUCCAUCAGAUUCGGUGCGUCCUCGCCGUCCUCCUCCGGCUCCUCCGAGGAGCAAUGGAGUAAAAGGCCACGGACGUCUCCCGCCGGUGAGCUGGCCUACCUAGAACGGCUCUAUGAGGCUAUCUCCGAGAACCCGCACCGCGUCAUUCUCUUGGAGGACGUCGAGCAGGCGGACCGGAACUGCACGCUCAGCAUCAAGGAGGCGAUCGAGAGCGGGGUGGUGCGGAACCACGCCGGCGACGAGGUCGGUGUGGCCGAUGCCAUCAUCAUCCUGAGCUGCGAGAGCUUCGACGCCAGGUCUAGAGCUUGCUCGCCACCGACCAAGCGGAUGAAGGUAGAGAUGAAUGAGGCCAAGGAGGAGCAGACAAGUGACCAUGAGCACAACGAAGCUGGCGCGUCCUCAUCGUCUCCUUGCUUUGAUUUGAACGUCAACGUGGAGAGUGAUCAGGCGGAUGAGCGGAAUUUCGGUGAUGUCUGUCUGCUCACGGCCGUCGACAGGACGCUAUUUUUCAGAAGGCGGGAGAACUUAUGAUUGUGUACAUUGAAAGCUUUCUGUGCUUAUCAGGGGAGCUUCUGAUAAGAAGCUAGAUUAGUUGCAAGUCUAAUUAGCUCUUUCUUUCGUUUAUUUCUUUAUUUGAAUUUUUAGUUUCUCUUUACUCUAUUUUUUGGGGGAAAUCAUGGCAUUGAAGAAUUGGAUUAAUGGCGUGUUAUGUGCUCGCUAAAGACGAAACGGAGGUGUUGUAACAUUUGUUGUGGUGUCUUUUAAAUAUAACUUAUGG